AUAAUUUCUAUCGGCGCGAGGCGAAUUCAUUCCAUUUGUCAUCACCACUUCCCAAACACCAAAAAAAGCUUACCGACACAUCACGGCGGCAACCUUUAAGUCGACAACCGCUCUCGCCCGCUUUACUAGCGGUUGUCGCACCCAUGAAAUAAUACGACCCGCGACAUUUCCCAUUCCUCCGAAACCCCCUCCAAACCACCCGCCUUUUCAAGCUACCGGCUUCUGGUCUUGCCCACCAUGUCAAGCUUAUUAAGGCGGUCGGCCGGUCUUGCGCGGGUCGCUACCUUUUCAUUCAACACUCCAGCCCGAUCAAGCAUACGGACCACCCGUCUAUUACGAAGCACAAGACCUAUUUGGUCCGUUCAACAACCUCGAUACUAUUCCCAGGAUAAGAAACCCGAGAGCUCCGACGAUAAAGAUGGAACCCCUCCACCGAAAAGUUCCAAGUCCAAGCCUCAAGUACAGAGUUCGGGAUCACCGGGUCCGACGGAGGGUAACGCACCGGGAGCGUCCGGUGCGGAAAAGGAUGACAGAUUCCCGCUGCCUGAGGGCUGGGUGCACCUCAACGAAAAAGAGUAUCAGCUUGUCGAAAAAAUACUUCGUGCUGGACCUCUUCCUCUACAGGAUGAUAUGAUCAAAAUGGUGAAGCGAAUAGGUGUACCAAAAUCUCUCCUUGACGUCAUCAAAAGACAGGAAGAAGGCACAGCUUCAUUUGGUGACAUUGGCAGGACAUUUAAGAGUCUCAAUACCUUAGCUUCGAGGAUAGCAGAAGUUGAAAUGCGGGAAAAGUCCCAGGAGUCACCUGAUAAGCCCGUCUCAAACGAGCCUCGAAGGAGAACGAGAAGCCAACUCGAAAAACCACAAGAAAAGCCACAGGAAAAAGAACAGGAAAAGGAACAGCAAAGCGAUGAACAGAACCCUAAGCAGGGUGAAAAGGGUUUCAGCGGGUUUGACUCAAAUAAAAAGCCGCCCCCAGGAUCCGAAAAUAACAACAACAACAAUCCCUUAAAAGGAAACGACUGGCUGACGACGAUUAUCGGCUCGGCCAUUGCUUAUUGGAUUUACAGCUCUUUAUUCGAGGAGAGUGGCCGAGAGAUCACAUGGCAGGAGUUAAGGAAGAACUUCCUAGACAAGGGUCUGGUUGAAAAAAUGGUUAUUCAGGGUCAUCGAGUCCGUGUUGAACUCAACCGAGAUGCAACUCAAUCAAUGUACCCCGAUUCGGUUGCAACUCGCCCUGGUUUUAGCUACUAUUUUUCUAUCGCUUCCCCCGAGGCCUUCGAGAGGCGUCUCGAAGAAGCUCAGAACGAGCUUGGAAUCCCUACCAAUGAAAGGAUUCCCGUAAGUUAUGCCCCUGAAAGCCCAGUAUUGAACCUCGUACUGGCAUUUGGCCCUACGGUAGUGCUGGUCGGACUUCUUUACUGGGCUUCACGACGUGGUCCUGGUGGCGCUGGCGGCGGGACCGGUGGCGUUUUUGGUUUCGGCAAGAGUAAAGCGAAACGCUUUAACCACGAGACCACUAUCAAAGUUAAGUUCUCAGAUGUCGCCGGCAUGGACGAAGCCAAGCAAGAAAUCAUGGAAUUCGUUAGCUUCCUCAAGAAGCCAGAAAGGUUUCAAAGACUUGGCGCAAAAAUCCCUCGUGGUGCAAUUCUCGCCGGGCCUCCUGGUACAGGUAAAACAUUGCUUGCAAAAGCCACUGCAGGCGAAUCAGGAGUACCAUUUUUCAGUGUGAGCGGAUCUGAAUUCGUCGAGAUGUUUGUUGGUGUUGGUGCAUCCCGAGUCCGAGAUCUUUUUGCUACGGCGCGAAAACACACACCGUGCAUCGUCUUCAUCGACGAAAUCGAUGCCGUUGGUAGAUCUCGUUCAGAGGGGCAGCGAUUCGGAGGGAACGACGAACGAGAAGCUACUCUUAAUCAAAUUCUCACGGAAAUGGAUGGCUUCAACACGACUGACCAAAUUGUUGUUCUUGCUGGUACCAACCGAGUCGACGUCUUGGAUAAGGCGUUAAUGCGGCCUGGUCGAUUUGACCGACAUAUCAAUAUUGAUGCCCCAACGAUGGCAGGACGGCAAGACAUCUUCAAAGUAUACCUCAAGAAAAUUGUGACGAACGAAGAGAUAGAAUAUCUAAGCGGCCGACUUGCGUCUCUAACACCAGGAUUUGCUGGUGCAGAUAUCGCAAAUUGUGUAAACGAAGCCGCUCUCAUUGCUGCAAGAAAUAAUGCUACAUCAGUCACAUUACCACACUUUGAGCAAGCUAUUGAACGUGUCAUCGGCGGUCUUGAGCGCAAGUCCCUCGUUCUUAACCCUAAAGAGAAGAGGACGGUAGCCUAUCACGAAGCCGGACACGCUAUUUGCGGCUGGUUCUUCAGAUAUGCCGACCCACUCCUCAAGGUUUCGAUUAUACCUCGUGGUAAAGGUCUAGGAUAUGCACAAUAUUUGCCAGGAGAUGCGUACCUCAUGACUUCGGAACAAUUAAUGGACCGGAUGGCUAUGACGUUGGGAGGCCGAAUUUCAGAAGAACUUCACUUCCCUACAGUAACGACGGGAGCUAGUGACGAUUUUGACAAGGUGACACGAAUGGCGACAGCCAUGGUAACACAAUGGGGCAUGUCAGAUAAAGUUGGGCCACUACAUUUCCGAAACGACGAAAGUAGAGUGUAUAAGCCAUUCUCGGAGGGAACAGGCCAAGUUAUUGAUGCGGAAGUAAGACGCAUUGUUGAGCAGGCCUAUAAGAAGUGCAAGGAUCUUCUCCUAGAGAAGAAGAAGGAGGUGGGAAUUGUUGCAGAGGAGUUGCUAAAGAAAGAGGUGUUGGUUCGAGAUGACAUGGUCCGAUUAUUAGGACCUCGACCGUUCGACGACCCAGACGAUUUCAGCAAAUACUUUGGUGGUGACAAGCAAGCACCACCAGGUCCUCCGCCGCCACCAGCAGCACCCGAGCUUCCCGAUGCUCCUGAGCCCCCAGUUAGCCCUGCACUAUUCAGGGACAUUAACGGCGAAGAUAAAAGAUAACACUUAUGUAUAUAAACUUAGGGGGGUACAUCUUCGACCGGGAGCUGUUGAGGGUUAUCGUUAUGCUACGUAAUGACUUAAAGCUCUCAGCUCAUCUUAUGUGUUAUAUUUACUGACGAGAGGAAGGUCGGGACAAGAAGAAAAAGGAAGAAGCACCCCAUUCUCGUCACAAUCUGCAUAUACUGUACAAAUACUAGAUAGAAAACUUAUAAUCGCAAGGCAUCGGAGUUUGGAAGUUGGAAAAGAGAGUUUUCAAUGGACAAUGCCGAUGACGCAGUCUUGUCGCCCCCACAAAAAGCCGUUGCUCGCCCAUGCUCACUCACUCUCAUCAGAUCUAUUCCUUUAUGGUAAUGUACCACCGCUAAGUUGCCCCCGGCCUCUGUGGGGAAAAGAAACGAAUCGGCGAGAUUAGGACUAAGCCAAGUAGAGCUACUACGUCAAGGUUCUUUG